AUGGCCAUGCAGCGACUUACUUCGAUCGCCGCCCAGCUGGCACCCAGCAAGUCCGGAAUUGCUGCGAUUACCGCACAGAACCCAGAUGAUGUGGUGAUCACACUGGCAAUUCGGACACCGCUCUGCAAAGGCAAGAAAGGUGGUUUCAAGGACACAGAGCUGGAUUACAUGGUCUAUGCUCUGCUGAAGAAAGUUCUGGAGAAGAGCAAGAUUGAUGCGAAUCUGAUUGAGGAUGUGUGCUUGGGUAACGUCUCUGAUGGCAAGGCUGCCUACAAAGUUCGUGCCGCUAUGCUCGCAGCUGGCUACCCAACCACUGCUGGUGCAAGCUCAGUAAAUCGCUUCUGCUCAUCUGGUCUGAAAGCUGUGCAAGAUAUCGCCAAUCAGAUUAAGGAGGGCAGCAUUGAUAUCGGUGUUGCCGUUGGCGCCGAGUCCAUGAGUGCUGGUGGUGACAGACUCGAGAAACCCUUCCACGAGGAAAUCACCAAGAACCCUGAUGCGAAUGAUUGUAUGCAGCCCAUGAUUCAGACCUCGGAAAAUGUCGGUGCGGAUUUCAAUAUCAGCAGAAAGACUCAAGACACAUAUGCUUGUGAAUCAUUCAGAAGAGCAGAGGUAGCGCAAAAGGCCGGCUGGUUUGAUGAUGAGAUCGUGCCAAUCGUCACAAAGGUUAAGGAUCCUAAGACUGGUGAGCUCAAGGAAGUCACAGUUACCAAGGAUGAGGGUCCAAGAUACGGCACUACUGUUGAGUCACUCGGCAAGAUUAGGGCUGCUAUGCCACAAUUUGGUGACAGGACUACUGGUGGUAAUGCUUCGCAGGUAACUGACGGAGCUGCCGCCAUCCUCCUCAUGAAACGCUCAAAGGCUCUCGAGCUCGGUCAGCCAAUCAUGGCCAAGUUCGUCGGCGCAACAGUCGCUGGUGUCCCACCAAGGAUCAUGGGUAUCGGUCCUUCCGUCGCCAUUCCUAAGCUUCUCAGCAAGUACGGCCUGACCAAGGACGACAUUGAUAUCAUUGAGAUCAACGAGGCUUUCGCCUCGAUGGCAGUGUACUGCUUAGAUACGCUCGGUCUAGACCACGCCAAGGUUAACCCAAGAGGUGGUGCUAUAGCACUUGGCCACCCGUUGGGUGCCACUGGUGCACGACAGAUUUGCACUAUCUUGUCAGAGGCACGAAGAUCGAAAAAGAAGGUGCUCUUGACGAGCAUGUGUAUCGGUACUGGGCAAGGCAUGGCUGGUCUGUUCAUUAACGAGCAAGUGUAA